UGCGAUCAGGCGCGAAGUAGUAAAUACAUAUAAAACGGUUGUGGUCUGAGACGAGCCAGUUUCCAACCGCUGUCGGUGAAGGUACGACGUUAGCCUGAAUAAUGCAAACCGUCACAUUACUUUUGUUCGCGGUCGUCUUGACCGUGGCUCUUGCAGAGGGUCAAUACUACGUCCCGCGAGCCUACUACACAAUAGAUGCAGAGGGUCAUCAGUCGGCGUCGGUGCCUAUGCGCAGGCUUCGACGCUCCCUGAAUCCUUAUUCGAAUCCAUACGGAGGAGCGAAUGCCAAUGCGAACGCUGAAGCAAAUGCCUGGGGUGCCAAUGCUAAUGCAAAUGCCCAGGCCAACGCACAGGCAGGCGCAGGUUCUGGGGGCUGGGGUCUCCCCAUUGGAGCUGGCUACGGCGCUGCAAAUCCUAACGCAUUAAGCUAUGGUGAGACCCGACGCCAGUCAGGUCCAGUUACCGGAAGUCGAUCAGUCAGCGCGGGAUCGUCUGUAGGUAUUGACUCUUCCGGCAGAGGAUUUUACGACCAAUAUACUUCAGUUGGUAAUUAAAGCCAAUGGUAAUUAAUACUAUUAUCAUUUCAAAUCACUGAAAGUUCCUCUUUAUUCUAAUUUUAUUUAAAUAUUAAUAUUACGUCAGUUUGGGUGAAUGAGACCUAAUGGGUAAGGUAUAAAAAUAAAAUAUUAAUACAUA